AUGGCUACUCUAACAGAAAUUGCUCAAAAUAUCCUCGAAAGUGCUCGUGCGCUUGACGAGUACACUGCAUCUCAGGGACUAGAGCCCACGUCCUUCACCCAGCACAAUCUACCAACGCUAUCCGGCGAUUUAGAGGUAGUCCGAAAAAAACUCGUAGAUUCAACGACCGAGCUAAAAGCUCUAGUUCAAGGUCCCAUCGGCCAGCUCUACGAUGUUUUGUUUGCAUUUACAGAUCUAAUGAGCAUUCGCUUCAUCUACCGACAUAAUGUCCCGCACUAUGUUCCCCUGGAAGGCGACAUCUCCAUCCAAGAUCUCGCCGAGAAGACCAAGCUAGAUCCGAUCCGACUCCGGCGAUACCUCCAGCAUACUAUGAUGUAUCGCGUCUUUGUUGAGUCUCGCCCGGGAUUUGUUGCCCACUCCUCGGUCUCCCGUCUCCUCAAAGUCAAUCCCGCAGCUCUAGAUACCGUGGGUUUCCUUGUCGAAGAACUCGCGCCAGCAGGGACCAAGGUCGUCGAAGCCGAGGCCAAAUGGCCGAACUCGGCAGAACCGAACGAGACGGGGUUCAACGUCGAAUUCAAUACCGCCGAUUCAUUCUAUCUAGAAAUUGCGAAGACGAGUGAGCGAGCAAGACGCUUUGGUGCUGCCAUGCGCUUCAUGACUAGCGGAACCUUUUACGAUAUCUCUCAUCUUAUUCGAGGUUAUGACUGGAAGUCCCUGGAUGUGCCUGGUAGCAUCGUUGUAGAUGUUGGAGGUGGUCAAGGGGGUGUAAGCCAAGCUCUUGCUGGCGCAACUUCUAAUACACGCUUUGUUGUCCAGGAUCUCGAGGGCACGGUCCUUGAAGGCCAACGCAUUCUGCCUCAGCAUCUGCAGGAGCGUGUCAGCUUUCAAGCUCAUGAUUUCUUCACGCCGCAGCCCGUAAAGCACGCCGACGUCUACUUCUUCCGUUAUAUUCUGCACAAUUGGGCAGACAAGUAUGCCACUGAAAUCUUGCGAAACUUGAUCCCGGCAAUGAAAGCGGGAUCGCGUGUAAUAAUCUACGAGUUUCUUUUACCCGAUGUCUCCCAGCCGGAAUGGACUAAGAAACAGUGGCGGUAA